AGAAGGAACUUUACUGGCUCAUUCUCCCCUAUAAAUACCAGUACACAGUGCGUCUGUGCAGAGUAGAGUGGGAGAAGGAUCGACCGAUCGAUCAAGCUGGGUAGGUAGUGAGCAGGGGUCAAUGGAAGGAGUGGCGAAGUCGCCAAUGGAGGUGGCCGCCGGAGCCGGGAGGGAGGAGGCCAUUGGGGUGGCGGUGGCGGCCGGGAGGAAGGGGUGCAUCCGGUCGACGCGGGGCCCGUGGACGGUGCGGCGGCAGGCGCGGGGCGGCGGGGUGAAGACGUCGCUCCGGCACCCGACCCCGCGGGAGCGGGAGAACAACCGGCAGCGGGAGCGUCGGCGGCGGCAGGUGGCCACCAGGAUCUACGCCGGCCUGCGCGCCAACGCCGGGUACGCGCUGCCCAAGCACGCCGACCAGAACGACGUGCUCCGUGCGCUCUGCGCCGAGGCGGGCUACAUCGUCGACGACGAAGGCAACGUCACGCGGUGCCACGAGCGUUCCUCAGGCGCCGGCACCAACGGCGGCGCAAGCGGCAGCUCCGACCAACCGCAGCCGUCCUCGCACAGCGGUGCGACGGAGGCAACAGCGGGGGACGUCCACCAGCCGCUGCCGGAGGCGGAGCCGAACCACAAGAUAUCGCUGGAGCUGACACUCUCCUUCACCUACAUGUAGCCACCUUCAGAUGGAAAGACCAUCACCAUCCGCCUCACUAAUUAACUAGUGCUACCACCACUAGGUUUCGACCACAGAGCAGUGCCAGCGAUAUGAUAGGGCUGAUGAAAAUCAAACUAGGCUAGCAAAGCUGCGAAUCGUGUGUGUCAGCGUCGUUUACAGUUCUAUAAAUGAAUGAAUGAACGUAUGUACUA